AUGUACUAUCAUGAGGAUGGUUAUUUUCUGUUGCGAUUCAAGAGCCACGACGAUAUGGAUGCUGUGAUGAUGAAGGGACCGUAUACACUUCGCAACAUUCCCCUGAUUAUCAAAGAAUGGAGACCAGAUUACAAUGUGAAAGAAGUUCUACUCCGAACACUUCCCAUUUGGAUCAAGCUACCGAAAUUGCCUCUUCAUCUGUGGGGUGCUCGAAGCCUGAAUAAGAUUGGAAGUAUUUUGGGAGUUCCUUUGGUUACAGAUGAGUGCACAGCUCAUAAAUUACGGGUAUCUUAUGCCUGGAUCCUAGUGGAAGUUGAUAUUACAAGAAAGUUACCUGAUGAAAUCACCAUUAAGGAUCUUGAAGGGAGAAAAUUGAAACAACAAAUUGAAUAUGAGUGGCGGCCAAGAUUUUGUGAUAAAUGCCAGCAAGUGGGGCAUACUUGUGGAACAGAGAAGCAGAGGAAAGUUUGGCGGCCAAAACCACCUGAUACUAAGGAGCUAACAUCAGAUACUGCUACCAUUGUGGAGACUGCUCAAGUAGAGGAACAACAAUGGACAACUGUGGCAAAAGCUAAUGGUGACAGAGGUAAGAAAAAGAUUGUAUACACUGAUCCUCCGAAUGAAAUAGCUUGUGAUAAUGGAUUUGAUGUCCUAGGGAUUUUGAAUGAUCCACUAGGUAUAGGUAGCACCUCAUGA